AUGUACGAAGUAUUAGUCUGGUCCGCGGAAACGGGGACAGUCUUCCUCUCUGCGUGUAGUUCCCUGGAAAUCGAUCUGCGAGGGAUGCGCAACUCGCGCCAGUCCAGCGUUUCCCGCAUCACAAUCUCCAUCAAGGGCCAGUCCCCGACUACGAUAUCCGUCUUCGAAGACGGGAGCGAUGACUGGAACACGAGCUGCUUCAUGACCUUUAUGAGGGUACUCUCCGACUUUAUCCACAUCCUCACCUCCAUGAUUCUCCUCCUCAUCAUGGCCUUCUUCCUCAAGUACCACGAUGGCGCCGUCAGCGGGCCUUUCGGUGCUCCCGCCGUUUUCCUCAUCGUUCUCCUCGGUCUGGAUAUCCUCCUAGACUUCCAGUCCAUUGGCCGCUACGACAAGAUGUGGAAGGGCUGGACCCUGCUUCUCCGCCUCACCUUUGGUGUUGGCUACACAUCUACCUUUAUGGCCUACAUUGCUCUUGGCCGCGCAUUCCCCGAGGAGUACAGCUACUGGGGGCUCACCGUGCAAUACGCCACCCCCAUGGUGUACAUCCUCCUCUGGAUCCUUGGUGUUUGGGAUCUCGUCUACUGCGCCAUCAGCCGCCGCCAGUUCGCGAGCGAGCUACGCACUUACCGGGCCGCCCUCUUCGGAGGAUCCGCCGCCCGCAAGUCCACCAUCGACUUUGGCGCCCAGAGGCAGUGGGAUUCCGAGGCUGCCGUGAUCAACGCCACCAUCCGCCCCGCUGUCAUCAGGAUAUGA